AUGCCCCCUCGCACUCGCUCCGCGGUGAGGGGCGCGUGCGCGACUCGAACGAAAGCGUCGAUCGCCGAGGUUUCCUCGCCCGGGGUGGAGGUUACGAGUCGCGUGGUCAGGGUCGGGCCCAGGAAGAUACCGACGGAGUUGAUCACCAUUCCCUCGGACCAAUCCGUGAAGGCACCAAAGUACGACCUCGUGAUCGUACCCGGUAACCCCGGCGUGCCCUCGUUUUACGAACACUACGCCAAGACUCUGCACGCACUGUUGGAUGGCGACGUGGACAUCGAGAUAUUCGGGUACAAGGGUCACACGACGGACAGGUACGCGGACACUACCGGAGACUGGUUCACGCUGCAAGAUCAGCUCGACCAUCUGCGCGAGUAUUUAAAAUCGAGAACGUCGCGUUCGCGCGACGGGACGGUGCUGGUGGGACACAGCAUCGGCGCCGAGAUGUCGCUGGACGCGAUGGACAAGCUCGGGACCGGCGUGGUUCGCGGCGUCGUCGGCCUGAUGCCGUUCGUGCUGGUAAACACCAAGUCGGCGUUGCAGAAGUUCCUCAGCGCGCUGGUUCACAUCACGCCGCUCGUGUACCUCGUCGCCGCGAUCGUCGGGUUCAUCGGCGCGCUCCCCAUUCCCGGGCUCAAGCGCCUCGCGUUUAGCCCAAUCACGGGGACGAUGAGCGCGUCGCCGGCGGAUCUCACCAGGAGGUGGCUCAGGUCGGAUAGUAUCAAGAACAUGGCGCUGAUGGGACGGACGGAGUUCGACGCGUUGACGGCGCUGGAUACGUCGCGUUGGAAGCGGCACAAGGACCGUACGUCUCUGUUGUACUGCCCCGGCGAUCAUUGGGCGCCGUUGCAUCAGAUGGAGGAUUUUGAGCGGAUGAAGGAACUGAGGGGGAUGGAGACGGUGUUGGAGUCCGCGCCGGGGGUGGACCACGCGUUCGUGUUGCACGACAAGAGCUGCUUGAGACACAACACGCGGUAGAGAGAUGAUAUUUAUUCAGGUCAACUGGCAAACGUUAAUAGUUCCUCGCGGCGCUCGUCACGCGUUGGAAUGAACCAGCUUGGCCCAACGCUCUGCGUACGUCUGUCCAGUCCAAAAGAAGUGCAGCGCGAAGAACGCAGUCACCCGAUAGCACGCAGUCACGAGGACGAGCAGCCAAAACAUCGGCCAGGUCGAGUCCGGGUCAAAGUCCAGCAUCCGGAGGUACUGGUUGCCCGUGAGGGGCACGCACCCUUCUUCGGCAACCGCUCGCUCGGUGCACGCGAACGUGUGACGCUUAAAGUCGCUCGCGACCGCGCCUUCCACUGCGUAGCCCAUGAACGACACCUCCGGCAGCCAUCUGUAGUAUACCGGUAUGUUCCGCCGGUUGAUCCAGUUGCCGUCAAAGAGCAUGAGCACAAUCAGCAUGGUGGCCGCCACCGCGUUGGUCUGCUCGAAGGUUUUGCACAUCGUCCCGAUCAUGGUGAGGAAGGACGCGCCGGCGACGGUGACGGCCACGAUCAUCAAGUAGUAUUCCACCCUCGCCGCUCCGCUGCCGUCGUUUAGCCCGAACAUUUCGUACGAGAUACAAGCGCUCGUGAGCGCGAAGAGAACGAUGGUCGUCAACUCGACCAGGGACCUCGACACGUAAUACGCCGAAGUCGGAUACAUCCCUCCGUUGCUCUCGUGCAGGUAGAGGCUGCGCUCCUUCGGGAACAGCAAGAGCUGAUCGAAGGCACUGAAGGACUGGAUGAGAACGAUCAGGGAUAUCGCGCGAAGCCUGUC